AUGGGAAUCGGUCCAGAGCUCCCGCCACACCUCGCGCGCUGUCGCUCGCCUUCGCCGGUCCGCCUCCCCGCCUCGUCCUCAUCUCGACCGGGUCCCGCGCCUGCACUCGCCCCAGCAGCCGCGCCACCGCCUGACAGCGACUCAGACGACGACUUCGGGCCAUCCCUCCCGCCAGACCUCGCCCAGGAGCGCAAGGAGCGCCCGCCCGCCGCCGGCCCUCAACUGCCCCCGCACCUCGCCGACCCUUCCUCGCGCCCUCCUCCAGCAGGGCCGCAGCUCCCGCCACACCUCGCCGCCGCUCGUGCCGGCCCCUCUCGGUCGCCUCCUGCCGCCACCGCCGCCGCCGACGACGAUGACGACGACGACGCGGUCGGGCCGAUGCCGCUCCCCGCCGGGUACGCGCCCUCGAGCGUUGACGAGGACGGCGCGCGCGCGUUCAAGGAGCGCGAGGAGCGCGCGAGGGACAAGGAGCGCGCCGCCCGCGAGGACAACAAGCCCAAGCGCGAGGAGUGGAUGCUCGUCCCGCCCAAGGAGAUGGACCUCAUGAGCUCGCUCGACACGACCAAGCUCAAGUCGCGCGGGUUCGCGACGGGCAAAGCGGCCCAGUCGGCGGCCAACAAGGCGGGCCCGUCCAACCUGUGGACCGAGACGCCCGCCGAGCGGCAGCAGCGCCUCGAGGACGAGGCCCUCGGGCGCAAGCGCCGCGCCGAGAACGCGCCCGUCGAGGAGGAGCGCGACGACGACCGCCGCAAGCGCAUCCGCGACCAGCAGCUCAAGGCCGAGGUCGAGCGCCACAACACCUCGCGCCGCCACGAGUCGCUCGUCGACCAGCACUCGCGCGACCGCAAGGCCAAGCCCAAGGGCAAGGGCGACGACGCGCCGCCGGGCAUCUGGGACCGCGAUCGCGACAUGGGCGUCAGCGGCCGCCUCAUGGACGACGGGCAGCGGUCCAACAUCAUCAAGAACGCCAAGGACCUCGGCGGCAGGUUCGGCGGCGGGUCGUUCCUCUAGUUCUUCUCGUUGGCGGCUCGUGCAGUGCGACUCUCGCUUUCACUUC